CCCUGGUUACCCCACAGGAGUGACCGCUCUCCUCCUCCGGCAGGGCUUUGCACCCGCUCAGUCAUCUCCCCCGUCUCCCCUUCCUUAGCGUUGCUACUUCCAUAAGGAUAUAUUGUCUCGUUUAAGUACAGCUUUUAGAAAUUAGACCUCCUCUUCCAGAAACUAAAAAGAGAAGCAGCAGUCCAGGAGAUCUUAUUCAUGAAAAAUCCCCCAAACCCUUCCAGUCAGUGGGAGUUUCACACCAAGAAAGGCCACAAGAUGAGGCUGACAUCCUCUGAUGGCUUGCCAAGGUGAGAUGAGCAUCAGCGCUGGCACAAGAAGGGAUACAGGGUUGCUCAAGAGAGAGGGAAGAUGGUAAUUAGUAAUACAGAAGCAUUAAAGCAUUUGGUUGAUUGGCUGUAAAUCCAUGCUUUUGCAACUCCCUAUUUGGCUUGCACAGAUGGACUACAACUGCCAUCAAAUGAGGAGACUUUUCUUACUCCUUUUUCAUCACUAGCAAGAUCUGUUUGUAGGAUUGUUGUUUUCAUUUUCUUGGGUCACUUCAAGGACAAGAAGCACUAAUGGCAGCAGUGGAAACACAGUAGAGAAGAGGGUAAAGUGAAAGAAGCAGAUAGGAAAGGUCAUCUCUGUCAGCAGCAGCACAACAUUAGAUCAUUAUCACAAGGUAGUCCUGAAAUCAUUGGCUUGGCUACUCCCAACACUGCAGGUGCUGCCUCUAAGCUAGGGCACAGCUGGGAGAAGGGGUGAUGCCAUCCUCUUCUUCCUCACCUGGGACCCCAGGCUCAUACUCUCCUCUCUAUCCUUAUGCCUAACUCUCCCCAUUAGCUCAUUGACUGGAGCUGCUGGGGUAGUUUGGCCCUGUCAACACCUCCACAGAUGCUGCUGGGCCUGUAUCUGCCUGCACCAGCACAUUAUUCCUGUACCACUGCGUGCGGACUCCUGUGCUAGUCCAUUUCUUCAUCCAAAACCAGCACGCUGAUGGAUUGGAUGUGCCUGGAGCCAGAAGAGGAAUAUAUCAGAUGAUCACAGCACCAUCACCUGCUGGUUAUAGCUAUUUUCUGGGGUUUUGUGGCAAACUUUACCAGAGCUCAGGAGCACUCUGAGUGGAAGCGCCGGGAGUCUGCAGUUCCAGAGGAACUUUCCCCUCCUCAAAUCAAGUGGACAAGAAGACCAAGACAUAAGACAGCAUGCUGAACUGCAUAACCAUUAGAAACAACAGCAGUUCUACAGCGCUGUUGAUCCAUGCAGAUGGAAUAGCGCAAACUAUUCUCCAGGUAGGUAUGUGCACUCUGCAGCUGCAUAAGCAGUUGUCAGGUUGCCUCCAUCUGGUCCUGGAUUAUCAAGGCAGCCUUCAAAAACAUAAGUAUCUGAUACCUGGCCAAUAGCCACUACAGUGCUUUCCAAGAUUUAGGUAAAUACGAGAAUCCUCAACAAAGAGCGCAGCAAGUCUUGCCUCAGCUGAGCACGAUGGCUUCAUUUCCUGUCUUGAAGCAAGAGACGUUGUUCCGGAAUGGUACCUGGAGCUAUCGAAUUCCAGCUCUGCUCUACCUGCCACGGUUCAGCAUCAUCCUGGCAUUCGCUGAGGAACGAGAGGAUGUGGUGGAUGAACAUGCCAAGCUAAUAGCAAUGCGCAGAGGCACAUAUGACCCAACCACGCACCAUGUGCAGUGGAGUAGAAUGGAGACCAUUGUCAACGCACAGCUGAAAGACCACCGAUCUAUGAACCCCUGUCCUGUUUACGAUGAGGUCUCAGGGAAACUGAUCCUGUUCUUCAUAGCUGUCCCAGGAAAGAUCUCUGAGCAGCAUCAGCUCAGGACAAAGAUCAACCUGGUACGUCUCUGCUACGUCACUAGCAUGGACCAAGGGCAGACCUGGAGCGCUGCCCGGGAUGUCACCAACAGUACCAUUAGCACUGAGUACAAGAACUGGGCCACUUUUGCAGUGGGGCCAGGUCAUGGAUUACAAUUGCUCAACAAGGUCCGGAGCCUCGUGAUUCCUGCCUAUGCCUAUCGUAUCUUGCACCCUAAGCAACACCCCACCCCUCAUGCCUUCUGCUUCAUCAGCUCUGAUCAUGGGACAACGUGGGAGAUGGGGAACUUUGUUGGGGAGGAGAGUGCAGUGGAGUGCCAGGUUGCAGAGGUGCAUACCUGUGGCAGGAAGGUCCUCUACUGCAAUGCAAGGAGCAGCAGGGGAGCCAGAAUCCAGGCUGUCAGCUACAACCAUGGGGUGGACUUUGAGGGAGGCCAGCGGGUAGAAAUGCUGGUAGAACCUCCUUCUGGUUGUCACGGAAGUGUAACUGCCUUCCCACCUCCCCCUGAUGCCAGAUGCCAAGACAGUUGGUUGCUCUACACUCAUCCUACAGAUCCAAAGGGUCGAAGAGAUUUGGGAGUUUACCUCAACAAAAGCCCUUUAAAUCCAGCACACUGGACAAAACCAAGCAUCCUCUUCAAGGGUCUGUGUGCUUAUUCGGAUCUGCAGUACAUGGGGGUUGGGCCAGAUGGCUCACCCUUGUUCUCCUGCCUCUUUGAAUACGGGACCCACCAACAGUGUGAAGAGAUAAUCUUUGUAAUGUUCACUUUGAAGCAAGCCUUUCCAUUAGAGUGCUGAGGCUUGAGCCUUUCCAUCAUCAACCCUCUAAAAACCACAUUUGCUGAUAAUUCUUUCACUGUUACUUGUCAUCUUUCAGCAAAAGGUUUUUUCUGCUCCUCCUGCACCCUUAUUUUGGCGUUGGCCUGUGUUGUCUGUGGAUUACAAAGUCUAUUAAACAUAGUAAAAAUAAA